UAAAUUUUAUUAGAGAAUACAACCACCUCCUCUCCGACCUGCCCUUGUCACUGCCCCUCCCCGCCGGGCUCGCCUCUUGGCCUGAAUUGCUCUCGUGUUGCACAGCAGUCAGGUGUUCCCCCCCCUCGCUGAACUGCAGCCUCUGCACUGCUCCCCGAGCUGCAGUCUGGCCCGUCCCAGCACAGUUGUUCCUGCUCUGCGGGCAGCCCUCUUGGCCCGGGACUGCCUCUGCCGGGAGCGGGCAGCGAGUUCCCGUAAGGCAGGGUGCGUACGGGCUCUGAUCGGACUCUUGUGCCGCUUGGCUGAGUCACAUGCAAGCCCCGAGGCUUUGGCUGCCCUCAGUGAUCACUUCCCCCUGAGGCAGCGGGCCGCCCCGGCGCUGGCGCUGAAGCUGAACCUUCACCUCCCGAACUUCAACUUGCGGGGAGCGAUGGCCAGCCGGAGCACUGAGGAUCUGUUUUAAUGCUGGCGGGGGAUCAGUGCUGGGAGUCGGUUGUUUGCUGUCCUCGUUCUGCUGCUAUUCACCUCUCCGGGGAGGAGCGAAGGUUUUACCUCUGCAGGACAGGACAGACACAGCAUGAAGGUCGAGUUUGCUCCCAUCAACAUUCCCCUGGCCAGGAGAAUUCAGACAGCUGCAGUGAUUCAGUGGCUCUUCUCCUUCCUCUUACUAGCACAGUGUUGCUGGGGAGUCUUUAUCAUCUUGCUUUUGGGAAACUACUGGUUCCUCCCUGUCCUCUAUGCACUGUGGCUCUAUCUUGAUUGGGAAACCCCCCAAACUGGAGGGAGAAGAUCAAAGUGGGUCAGAAACUGGACUGUUUGGAAGUACUUUACGGAUUACUUUCCAAUUCACCUCAUAAAAACAUCAGAUUUGGAUCCAAGCCAAAACUAUCUGUUUGGAUUUCACCCUCAUGGUAUUCUUGUUGCUGGAGCCUUUGGAAACUUUUGCACAGAAUAUACAGGUUUUAAAGAAUUAUUCCCUGGUCUUACUCCAUAUCUUCACAUCUUGCCCUUCUGGUUCGGAUGCCCUUUCUUCAGAGAUUAUGCUUUGAGUACUGGAGUGGUGUCAGCCUCCAAGAAGAGUGUAUCUCAUGUGCUGAACAAUGACAGAGGUGGAAACGUUGCAGUGAUUGUGAUUGGAGGAGCAGAAGAGUCUUUGGAUGCCCAUCCUGGAAGUUUAACUCUGAGUAUCCUCAAGAGAAGAGGUUUUAUUAAAAUGGCUUUGAAAUAUGGGGCUCACUUGGUUCCAGUAUUCUCUUUUGGCGAAAAUGAACUGUUUAAGCAAGUUGCAAACCCCAAAGGAUCGUGGCUCAGAACUUUACAGGAGAGCCUGAGGAAGAUAGUGGGGUUUACUUUACCACUGUUUCAUGCUAGAGGAAUAUUUCAGUACAGUUUUGGCUUGAUGCCUUAUAGGAAACCUAUUCACACUGUUGUGGGGAAACCUAUCACUGUAACACAGAAUUUGAAUCCUACUCUUGAAGAGAUUGAGCAGCUGCAUCAAAAAUACCUGCAAGAACUAAGUAAAUUAUUUGAAGACCACAAAGAAAAAUAUGGGAUACCAGACCAUGAAUCGCUCCUCUUUAAAUAACUGCAAAUUCAGGAUGUCCGGAUGUAAGACAGUGGCAGGCAACCAGUGGAGUCACGUUUGUGAUGAAACAAAACAUUUCUCAAUUUGCAACCACUCUUCUAUAUGAAAAAUGUGUGCGUGUGAUAGAUUAAAUUGAUAGCAUUCUUUCCCA